AUGGCCAUUCCGGAGCAGACAGAGCGGAAAAAGAGGAAGAAGCUUCAGCACCAGGGAGACAAAGAGAAGAAGAAGAAGAAGGGGCAGGGGUUGCGAGCGGCAGACGCGACGGACCAGGUCGAAGGGAAGAAGAGGAGAGGUAAAUCUCUCCAUGAUGAUGUUGCUAGGGCGGAAGACGAUGGGAAGAUGAGGAAGACGAAGAAGAGAUUGAAGGAGUUGGAGCAGGGUGAAGCGGAGGGAGAGCCUACGGGUAUAACCUCUGUGGCCAAGAAGCGCGAGAAGAGGAGUCGGGGUAGUUGCGAGACGGCAGUGGAAGGGAGUGGAGAAGAGCAGGGGAAGAUGGCCGGUGGGCGGAGGAAUCUCAUUACAGAUGCUCGGUUCGCCUCCGCCCACUCGGACCCGCGGUUUCAGCGCAUGCCGCAGCGCGAUUCCAAGGUCAGCAUCGACUCCCGCUUCAGUCGCCUCUUCUCCGACAAAGGGUAUGCCUCGUCUUCUGCCCCCGUCGACAAGAGGGGGAAGCCGAGGAAGGGUAAGGUUGAUAAUCCCCUCGCUCAUUACUACCUCCGGGAAGAGGAUACUCCGGCUGCAGUUCAAACGGGUGGAAAAGAGGCCAGGAGAGCGUCGGAGUCUGACGAGGAAUCAGAGCCUUCGACAACAGAAGAGGAGCGUGUCGAUGAAUCAGGGAUUGAUUCUGAUACGAGCUCCUCUACAGACGAGGAGGACGGGGACGACGACGAUUACCAGGUCUCUCCGCUCAAAAGUUUUAAAUUGCCAAAAUUUUCAAUAUUUUAUAUUUUUCCCAUGAAAUCAAAAUCAUACUCCAUGGAUUCACACGCUGUGGUAGAGCUUGAAAUCUUCUCUUCCAUCUUCUGUGGCCUUGCUUCAUGAUUCAGACAUUUUUCUUUUCCCCUUGCUCUGUUUCUCGUCAAUCAUCAUUACAGUGGUUGAUUUAGGGCGUCCAUCCAUGGAGACAACAUCUGAUUCUGCGCGAUAUUAUGUUCAAACCCUUUUGAUCUCAUCUUUUGCCACCAGAAAAUAUAUCUUUUUAUCACUUGAUAUGAACUUAUACUAGCUACAGCGUUUUGAUAUGUUUGUUUAAUCCUCAAUGUAUCGUGAAUCUGAUCUUUUGAUGUCUGUUUUGAUUUUAUUUUUAUUUUUAUUCUCAUUAUUAUUGUAUCAUUGCAGUACGGUGUUGAGAGUGAUGGCUACAAGUUCUGGAUUGGAAGCCAGGAGGACACUCCCACAAUUGAAAACGAAACUCAUAGGCUUGCUGUUGUUAAUAUGGAUUGGGAUCACAUUAAGGUGCCUUUCUUUUGGAGAUUUUAUAUGCGUCAAUUGGGUUUCAUCUCUGCUAUUAUAUAUGUUUGAUCGCUAAUGUGCUUAUGUGUCCUAUCACAUUAGAAAUAAUUCAUACAUGCAUUCAUCCCUAUUAUGUCUCUUUUAUUCCGUGGAUUUGGACGCCAAUGUGUCCAUGUUCCUUUACAUAGAGUCAUCCAUGUUGCCAAGAUCAUCCUCUCUAAUAAACAGUGCAUUCUAUGAUUGCAGAUUGGACUAUUAUUAUUAUUAUUAUUAUUAUUUUCAAUAUGAUGCUCACUGUUUUCUAUGUGUCUGAUGGGUACUGAUCUCUGCCCUUUGCUUACAUGAUCCGAAGUUUUGUAUGGAAAAACGGCAGUUAGAGGCUCACCAUAUGGUCUCCCAUGUCCUUGGUUACAGCCAAUGAGCAUGAUACAGUGCUUUAAUCCAGUGAUUUUUUUUUUCUAGUGAGCGUGUAAUGUGAUCUCCUCUCAUCUGAGUGCCUCAUAAAAUGUCUGAUAAUCAAGCCAUUGUUUGGUUUUGAAAAUAAAAUAAAAUGAAUAAAUAUAUAUCCUUUAUUAAUAUCAAGUCUUUAUAUGCAUUAUGAUUAUCUGGGAAUGUUCCUGAAAUGGCUGAUCGGAAACAAGCAUAGUACACCCAUUAAAUGCAUAAUAAUCAGAGUUGAUUAUUAGGGUGCAUUUGUUUUCAUUGUCUGCGGAUAUUGAUUCAACGUGGUUGAUAGAAUUUCUCCAUUUCUGCAGGCGGUAGAUCUGUAUGUGUUGAUGAGCACAUCCCUUCUGACGUCAUGCCCACAGAGUGGUGGGCAAGUCCUCUCUGUGGCCAUCUAUCCCUCCGAGUUUGGGCUCAAAUGCAUGGAGGUCGAAGCAGUCCGUGGGCCCCACGCGCUCAUCGACGGUCAAAAUGACCGUGGUGGAGAUGCUGACGACGAUGACAUUGACGACGAGAUUGCCAAUGAAAGGAUCCGAUCAUAUCAACUGCAGAGGCUCAAGUGAGCUCCCCCUUUUCUCUAUAAUCAAUUCUUUUAUUCCCCAUUUAUCGAUUUAAUCUUGACCUUUUAUUAAUAAACGAAAAUUGGGAAAUAAUCGGGUUUUUAGAUCUGGUGAGUGAUCCAUCUGAGAGAGAGAGAGAGAGAGAGAUGAAGGUUCUUACGUUAUCUUAUGUCCACCACGUGGCAGGUACUACUACGCCGUGGUGGAAUGCGACUCGAGCGCCACCGCAAAUCACCUGUACAAUGCACUCGACGGGGUGGAGUUCUUGAGGACUGCGAAUGUGCUCGACCUGCGCUUCAUUCCCGACUCCAUGGAAUUCCAGCUCCCCCCUCGAGACCUCGCAACCGAGGUACGCCCAAUGUUACUGCAUCGGUAGGCUUAAUGAGCGUAGAGGGAGAGAGAGUGAGUGUGUGUGAGAGAGGGUAGUAUCGUCUUUUCACUCAGAGGAUGGGGGGUAAUCAUGCUAGAUUAGAAUAAGGUAGUGUGUUAAUGAGCAUGAUAUGAUUACGUGAUCAGAAGAGCGUGGUGAAUUUUUAUUUGGACCAUGUAAUUAUGUAAUUUUUUUAAAUUUAUUUUGUUGAUCUGGGGGGGCCUUUUUGUCCUGUGCCCUGUCAGGUCCCUGCAGACUACAAGCAGCCCGACUUCGAGACCGUGGCGUUGCAGCACAGCACGGUGAAGCUCACCUGGGACGACGACGAGCCCACGCGCAAGAAGAUCCUCCGCCGGAAGUUCAACCCCGACAAGGUCCCCCUCCCCCCCCCACGACGAUGCCCCACCGCCCAUUUCGAGCAGAAAGUUCAGAUAUUUUCCUUUAAUUUGAUCCGAGUUGCGCUCUAAUGGCGGAGCUGGAUGUCCUGCAGAUGGACGAGUUGGAGCAGUACUUGGCCUCGGAGGAGAGCGACGAGGAAGAUGAUGAUGGCAGCGGCGGCGGCGGAGAGGAGAAGUACCAGGCCCUUCUGCGGGCGGCGGAUGGCUCCGGCUCGUCGGAGGAGGAGGAAGACGACGGCGAUGGCGGCGGCGGGAAGGAGAUGGAGGUCACCUUCUUGCCGGGGGUGGAGAACCUGAGCAGGCACAUUGAGAAGGGCAAGCUGAAGAAGUCCGAAGAGACUGUGUGGGAGGCCUCUCUCAGGAGACGGCGAGAGAAGAUGAAGGCGAGGAGGAAGAAUGCCGCCAGAGAGGAAGAUGAUGAUGAUGACGACGAUGACGAUGAUGAUGAUGAUGAUUCUCCACCGUCGGAGCAGGCAGAGGAUGACAAUUUCUUUGCAGAGGAGGAGGCGGAGGCGGCGCCGCCGCCACCGACGAGGAAGAGUCGCCGGAGCGGCGGGAGGCCCUCGCCAGAGGACGGCGGCGGGGGAGAAGCGAGCGCGGCGGAGCUGGAGCUUCUGCUGGCCGACGACGGCGGCGCUGAGGUGGCGGAGCAUCUGAAGGGGUUCAACUUGAGGCCGAAGAAGGGGAAGAAGGGGAAGAAGAAGCUUCCCAUGGAGGACAAGCUGCCGGAAAUGGACGCCGCCAGCGACCCCCGCUUCCUCUCCCGACUCACUUCCAGCCUCUACGCCUUGGACCCAACCGACCCCCAGUUCAAGAGGUACGCCCACUUACCCACAUACCCACUGUUAGAGAGAGAAAGAGUGAGAGAGAGGUUUAGAGAGAGAAACAGAGGUUUCUCUUUCUCUUUCUCUUUCUCUUUCUCUCUCUUCUUUCUCUGAAGCUGACGUUGUUGGUGCAUGCAGGAGUGCGACGAGUCUGAGGCAGGAGCACGCAGAGAAGAAGAAGAAGGGGAAGGGCAGAGGGAUCGUCGCUGCCACCGCAGAAGACAAGAGAGAAGGCCCGCCGCCGGCGGAGGCGGCGGCGACGGCAGAGGACAAGAAGCCGCCGGCAAAGGAAAAGCAGGAGAUAAUGUCGCUGGUGAGAUCUCUCAAGCUGAAGAGCAAGAGUCAACGGAUUAUCGGAUAA